UGGAUGGAGGCGGCGGCGUUGCCUGCAACGGUCGGGGCUGCGCGUGAGGAAGGGGUCGCGUAGACAGACAGCUGGGCCCGGGGGACACCGGCGGCGGCGGCCGGGCCAUGGGGGGAGGCCGGGCCCGCUGGGCUCCCUGACGUGCGCCCCCCUGACCUCCCGGGGCACAGCCGUGGCCCAUGGGCGCGCUGAGCAGCCGGGUGCUGCGCCCCCCGGGGCGAACCCGAGCCCAGCCGGAGCCGGGUUCGGGGGCGGGGGCCCCGGCCCGGAGGCCGGAGGCGGGCGGCGAUGCGCCGGGCCACGGCUUCUGUGACUGCCCCGGCAGCCGCAAGCGUAAGCGGAGCAGCGGGGCCCUCUGCUACUGUCACCCCGACUCCGAGACCGAGGAGGAGGAGGACGAGGAGGAGGAGGAAGGGGACGAGCACCAGCGGCUCCUCAACACCCCGAGGAGGAAAAAAUUAAGGAGUACAUCCAAAUAUAUUUAUCAAACAUUAUUUUUGAAUGGUGAAAAUAGUGACGUUAAAAUUUGUGCUCUAGGAGAAGAGUGGAGCUUACACAAAAUAUAUUUAUGUCAAUCUGGCUACUUUUCUAGUAUGUUCAGUGGUUCUUGGAAAGAAUCCAGCAUGAAUGUUAUUGAACUGGAGAUUCCUGACCAGAAUAUUGAUGUAGAAGCACUGCAGGUUGCAUUUGGUUCACUGUAUCGAGAUGAUGUCUUAAUAAAGCCCAGUCGAGUUAUUGCCAUUUUGGCGGCAGCUUGUAUGCUACAGUUGGAUGGUUUAAUACAGCAGUGUGGUGAGACAAUGAAGGAAACAAUUAAUGUGAAAACUGUAUGUGGCUAUUACACAUCAGCAGGGACCUAUGGAUUAGAUUCUGUAAAGAAAAAGUGUCUUGAAUGGCUUCUAAACAAUUUAAUGACUCAUCAGAAUGUUGAACUUUUUAAAGAACUGAGUAUAAAUGUCAUGAAACUGCUUAUUGGUUCAUCUAACUUAUUUGUGAUGCAAGUGGAAAUGGAUGUGUACACAGCUCUUAAAAAGUGGAUGUUCCUUCAACUUGUGCCUUCUUGGAAUGGAUCUUUAAAACAGCUUCUGACUGAAACAGAUGUCUGGUUUUCUAAGAGGAAAAAAGAUUUUGAAGGUAUGGCUUUCCUUGAAACUGAGCAAGGAAAACCAUUUGUAUCAGUAUUCAGAUAUUUAAGGUUACAGUAUAUCAUCAGUGAUUUGGCCUCUGCACGAAUUAUUGAACAAGAUUCUCUAAUACCUCCAGGAUGGCUGUCUUCUGUGUAUAAACAGCAGUGGCUUGCUAUGCUCCGGGCAGAACAAGACAGUGAUGUGGGGCCUCAAGAAAUCAAUAAAGAAGAACUAGAGGCAAACAGCAUGAGGUGUGGUAGAAAGCUUGCCAAAGAUGGUGAAUACUGCUGGCGGUGGACAGGUUUUAACUUCGGCUUUGACCUGCUUGUAACUUACACCAAUCGAUUCAUCAUUUUCAAACGUAAUACACUGAAUCAGCCCUGUAGUGGAUCUGUCAGUUUACAACCUCGAAGGAGCGUAGCAUUUAGAUUACGUUUGGCCUCUUUCGAUAGUAGUGGGAAACUAAUAUGUAGUAGAACAACUGGCUAUCAAAUACUUACACUUGAAAAGGAUCAGGAACAAGUAGUAAUGAACUUGGACAGCAGGCUUCUGAUCUUCCCUUUAUAUAUCUGCUGUAACUUCCUGUAUAUAUCACCAGAAAAAAGAACUGAAAGUAGUCAUCAUCCAGAAAAUUCAGAAAACUGAGGACCUUUUCAGUUGGAAAUAGUAGCACUGAAAACUUUUCACAUCUAAGGUGACUAACAAUGACAAAGGCCUUAAGAACUGUACAGAUAGAAGACUAUUCUCAUUCUCAUUACAUUUCUGUGACUAUAUUAAAAGCAUUUUAAAGACAAGAAUAUACCUGUCAACCCAUUUCUGUUAUAAAGAUGUCAGCUCAUGUUUUUAGCAUCAGUAGAAAAUCACUUAGGUAAAUUUCACAUUUCUCUGCAACCAACUAUAGAUUUAAUUUUUAGAUUAAACUUUGAUCCUACUUAAUGUUAAUGUACCUCAGUUAUCCAUCUGUAAAUUUUGUCUAUAAGAAUGCUAAAGGAAUAAUUUGAAAAGCUAAUUGUAAAUUCUCUUUCAAUUGAUGCAUUUAAGGCUGUUCUUUAAUUUUUUUUAACUGCUCUUUAUGAUUCCUCCUAUUACCCUUCCAAUAUGUAGCUGUUUUUAAUCAUUAAAUACUUUUUUUCAUGGCUUUAGAGACUAAACUGAAGACUUUAUUUACCUUAAACAUUUUUAUGCUAUUUUAUUUUGCUUUUAAUUUAGCUUUUCUAGAAUUUUAACAACAAAAGAAUCAGCUUCAGACUUGCAAAUGACUGGAAUUGGGGGGGAGGGAAUCAAUGUGACUUUUAAUAUAUUCUUUUGCCUUACAUGGUCUUUUUUUUUUUUUUUUUUUUUACAUUUUGUACAAGUUUAUUAUUAGCUCAUAAGAUUAUUUAUGUACCAAAUAUUACACUCUAAAUAUUUUCAUAACUUCUGAUCUUUAGAAUUAUUUAUGUUCAAAUUUUAGUUGGGAAUCUUGUUUCCUACGUAAGCUCAGGACUUUAUAACCUCUGAAUUGAGUGCCUUUGAGUUACACAUGCUAAUAGUUUCAUAGUAAAUAUAAAUAAGGUUGGAAGAUGUCAUAUAGAAGCUGGUAAUAAAGCAUUAAUGUAAAAAUAUAUCUUAUUUUUGUCAAAAAUGAGAUGUACACUUGUCGUGAUUUAUAUGUGUUGGCUUCUUGUAUUUACUGCUGUUUUGAAAAUACCCAUGCUCAUGGUCUUUACAGAGUGAAUUCUUCUUAUGGUUAAUGUAUAUUUUUAGUAUGUUUAAAAAAUGGGAAUCACUUUUAUAUAUCUGUACAAAUAAUAAAUACCCAUUUGGAAAAUGAA